AUGGAUUUUAGAGCACAACCCCAAGAUAACGAAAUGAGGACGUCAGGCUCUUUGAGCUACGCUUCUUCUGCUCAUCAUUUAAGUACCAAAGAAUCAUCACCCGCAGCAGCAGCAGCAGCAGCAGCAGCAGAUCAUCAAAAGAGAAGGGUUGGGAUUCACAAUGGCAACAACACUUACGCUACCAGCCCCCAUCAAACCCUAGACCACCACAUUCAACACCCACACCCACCUUUGCAACCCCUCAUCCGAGACCCAGAUCCAGAUCGAGCCCUAGCCGGAACCCCAGUUCCGCCAACUGUACUUGCCAGUGGUGGGCCCAAGUCGACUUCAAAGAUCAUCCGCUACAGAGAGUGCCUCAAGAACCAUGCGGCCAACAUAGGCGGCAAUGUCUUUGAUGGGUGCGGCGAGUUCAUGCCGAGCGGUGAGGAAGGAACACUGGAAGCUCUGAAAUGCGCCGCAUGUGAUUGCCACCGCAACUUCCACCGAAAGGAGGUGGACGGGGAAACGACGGCGUUCAGCCCCGGGUCCAGACGCUCAAGCAUAAUGCUGAGCCCUCUCCAACUCCCCCCGCCACUGCCGUCUCCUUCGUCGGCUCUCCACCAUCACCACCACCACCAUCAGAAAUUCUCAAUGGCUCCGAUUAUCCAGCCGAUGAAUGUGGCGUUCGGGAGCGGUGGAGGAGGGACGGAGUCUUCGAGCGAGGAUCUGAACGUGUUCCAGUCGAACAAUGCGGAGGGGGGAUUGCCAAUGCCGCCGUUUGCGAUGUCGAAGAAGCGGUUUCGGACAAAGUUCACGCAGGAGCAGAAGGAGAGGAUGACGGAGUUUGCAGAGAAGGUGGGGUGGAGGAUUCAGAAGCAAGAUGAGGAGGAGGUGGAGAGGUUUUGCUCGGAGGUGGGCGUGAAGAGGCAGGUGCUGAGGGUUUGGAUGCAUAACAACAAGAACAGUGCCAAGAAGCAGAGUGAUAUUCUGACCACCCCCGCAACAACAAGUCUGUCUUUUGAGAAUGUUGAAGCUGAAGAAGAAGGAGGAGGGGAGGGAGGGAGGGAGGGACAACAGCUGAAGAUACAGAUCAAUGGAUGA